CGUAUGCGUGUAGUCUGCCACAAUUUGCAACAAAGUAAGAGCACGUAUUUCUAUUAGACAAACUCGAUCAUCGCGCCGCCUGAUUUAUACGAAUUUGUUCCAAAUAAUUUUACCAGCAAUUGGUUUGAAGUUAAAUUUGUUAGCAGAGGCGAGUGGAGAUGGCGGCCGUCCUGUUGCAGGCAUUGGAGCGGACGGAGGUAAACAAACUGCCCAAAGGCGUCCAGAAUAAACUGGAGAAGUUUGUAACAGAGUUGCAGAAUGCUAACGAGGCUCUGAGGACGCACCAUGAACGAUACAAGGCGGACAGCGAGCAGCAGUACUUUGACAUGGAGAAGAGACUGGUGGAGAGCCAGGAACGUACCCUGUCCACAACCAAAGACUUGCAGACAAUAAAGGAGGAAAAUAAGAAACUCAAUGAUGAGCUGAACACUGUGAAAGGAAUUGAGGGAGAGACAUUCCAAGAAAAAACACAGCAGCAGCAAACAAAGACCAAGUUUGAGAUUGAGACCGAAAAGAAUGAGCUGGCCAGGCUGCUGGAGAAGAGAACUCGAGAGGUGGAGAAUCUUACUGAGAACGUCAAACGUCUGAAUGAAAAACUGACGGAGACGAACAAGGUGAAGAUGGAGCUGCAGUUGAAACUGGAUGACAUUCAAUCAUCAGAAACCUCUGUACAGCACCGUGAGAAGCGUAUUGAGCAGGAGAAAGAGCUGCUUGAGAAGAAAAUCGAGUGGUUAACUGCUGAACUGAAGACCAAAAGUGAUGAGGUGCUGAACAUCAGUAAAGACAAAGGCAAAGAGACACUAGAGCUUCAGGGGAAUUUGAAGAACAGCGAGGAACAGAUGAUCACACUGAAAAAUAGGCUGGAGUCUCUGACAGAAACCUGUGAGAGUCAAACUAAAAGAGCAGAAGACCUUAACAACAAACUCAAACAGGCUAAAGAUGAACGGUUAGCCAUGGAGGAGAAAUACAGGAAUGAGCUCAACGCUCAUGUCAAAUUGUCUUCACUUUACAAGGGGGCAGCAACAGAUAUGGAGAAGAAGAACCAAGAACUGAGCAGAGCUGUCGAAGGUCUGAGCAAGGUGGUGAAAGAAGCAGGGGAAGCAACCAAAUCUUUGGAGAAAAAGGUUCUGGAGGGCGAGGAAGUAAAGAGGCAGCUGGAAGCAGAGCUCGGCGAGAAACUCAAGAAAAUGGAGAAGGAAUUGGAAAAUGCCACAAUGAAGGCUGCAGGCAAACACUGCUGUGGACCUGCAGUGACAGAGGAGCAGUUGAACGUCAUGUGUCCAUCAGCAGCAGCCAUUGCUGCGAUUGUCAAACCUGGAAUGAAGUUCUUUGAUCUGUAUAACGCCUAUGCAGACUGUCAGACGCAGCUACAACUUGAAAAACAGGAGAGCAGAAGAGUUAACAAAGUCUUGGAUGAGAUUGUCCAGGAGGUGGAGUCCAAAGCUCCUGUUCUGAAGCGCCAGCGAGAGGAAUAUGAAGGCAUUCAAAGAUCCAUGGCCUCCAUCUGCAACAAACUGGAACAGGCUCGAGCGGAGAUCCACAAUUUGCAGAAGGAAAAAGAAGAGCUGAAGCAGCUUUAUGAAAAUUUGGAGAAAGAGAAACUGAAGACGGAGAGGCAGCUGGAUGAUACAUCUUCACAGGUGUGUGCUCUUCUGGUGGAGCUGGAGGAAACCAGGGGAAAUCCUGUGAACCGGAGUGAAAGCAGCUCUGCUGACAUUUCCAGCACCACAGAGGUAGUUGGCUCAAACCAGUUCACCUUCAGAAGUGUGGAGGAGCUACAGAGGCAGAACCAAAACCUGUUAGGAAGACUGCGGGACCUGGAGCAAGAAAAAGAAGGUCUGCAAGAACGAGCCACAUCUGAACGUGUGUCUGAGCUGGAGGCCAGUGUGGAUAAGUUCCAGAAGGAAGUGGAGCAGCUGAGAGAACAGAAGAACCAGCAGAAACAGCUGGCUGACUCCAGUGCCAGGCAGAGAGACAUGUACAAGGCUCUGUUAACACAGAGCACUGGCUUCAGCCUGCCACUGCAAGGUCUGGAGUCAACGACACCUCAACCUGCGUCUGCUCGUGGAUCAGUUCCUGUGACUCGCUCCACUCCUCAACGAGCUGCUGCUGCUGAGUCGGGACAGAGUGCACAGACUAAAGCAGCUUUAAAACAGCUCAACGAUGCCUUCACUGUGUAUAAAAAGGAGAAGGCAGAAAAUGACAGGAUGUUGAAUGAAACUAAUGACAGGCUGCAGAAACAGAUACAUGAAUUCCAGUCCAGCCAGGCCAAGAUGACUGCUCAGCUGGAGUUUAGCAACAAGAGGUAUGAAAUACUCCAAGAGACUGUAUCUGCCUACCGCAGAGAGAACGCUGCCCUUCAGGACAGAAACCAGAAAAUGUCUGCUUUAAUCCAGCGACACGAACACGCCAUUCAUACAAUGACACAGGACCUGCAACAGGCCACAGCUAAACUGGCUCUGGAGGAGGCACGUGUUCAGAACGUGACCAAAGAAAAAGACAUCAUUAGGGAGUCUGAAAGUCGACUGACUCGAGAAAAAGAAGCCAUACUGGCCGAGCAAAGAAACCAGAACCUGCUGCUCAUCAACCUCAAGACUAUACAGUUGACCAUGGAGCGCACAGAGACUGAGACCCGACAGCUGCUAAAUAACAAGAUUGAUCAUCUGGAGGCAGAGUUGGCUACCCUGAAGAAGAAGCUGGACCAGGAAGUAGCACAGAGACAUGCACUCGGACGGACAAUGGAUGCUCAACUCUUGGAAGCAAAAAAGCAGCUGGCAACUCAGAACGUCUUGCACCAGAAGACCAGGGACUUGUUGCGUAGUUCUGAACAGCAGGUGGCAGCACUGAAGGCCCAGCUUGCCUCCACUUCGACCUCUGAUGCUGCAAACAACACCUCCACCCCUGUGGCUACCAGGGCAGCAGCCCUCAGAGCUCCACUGAGGGGACGCCCUCAAGCUCCACCAGCCUCCUCCCAACAGUCCACCCAGGACUCCAGUCAGUCAGAGCUGGAACUAGCGGAGGUUAAGGGUCUUCUGCACACUGCUGAGGAGCAAAACAGUGAACUCAAAGAACAGCUGAAGAUUGCUAAUACUAGUGUGGAGCAGUACAGAGCUUUGGUACUAGCCCUGGAAGAUACUGUGAAGGAAGAAAAGGAGAUUCAUGCCUCCAUGGAGAUCCAACUCAAGGAGUCAAAGGAGGUGCAGAAUCAGCUGGAGAAGAGGAUUAUAGAGGUGGAGAAAAAGGGACAGCAGGAGCAAGAGGAAAAGAGAAAGGCCAGAGAGUCGCUGGAGAAACAAGUGGCUGACUUGCAGCGCAGGCUGAAGGAGAGUCAGACUGAGCAGCAAGAGGCGGUGGAGAAGGCAGCUGCUGCCCUAACACAGGAGCAAAAGGCCACACAGGAGAGUCUGCUGCAGACUAAACUGGCAGGAGAGGCUCAUUCCAAGUAUGAGAGAGAGUUGAUGCUUCAUGCUGCUGACGUGGAGGCUCUGCAGGAGCUGAAGAAACGAAUUCAACAGGACCUGGAAAAAAAGACAGAGUUGGAGGAGCAGCUAAACAACACCAACACUGUACUGCAGGAGAAAACAGCAGCCUGGAACGCACUGGAGAAAGAGCUGAAGGAGGAACAGUCCACUCAGAGUCAUCGCUGUGAGGAGCUGGAGAAACAGAAUACUCUUUUACACCAGCAAAUGGAUGAAAUCGCCUCCAGGAGUCGACAGCAGCAGCAGCAGCAGCAGCCGGACGUGUCAUUCAGCGAGGAAGGAAAAAGCACAGAACAGAUACUUGAAAUCCUCAGGUUUGUACGACAGGAGGAACAGAUCGCUCUGGCUCGGUGUGAGGUGUCAGAGGGAAAAGCUGUUCGCUACAAACAGCAGGUGGAGCACCAGGGCAGGGAACUGAAGGAGCUACAGGAAGCUCUGAAUGCUGAGAGGAAGAAAAUGCAGAUUACAGCCAAGACUCUGUCACAGCAGGAGGAACAGCUGAAGAAGAUGAGCAGCAUUAAUGCUUUGCAGGAAACCAACAGGAUUCUGAAAACUGACAGAGAAAAACUACAGCAGGAGCUGCUACAAGCACAGGCCAAAGUGACAAAGCUUCAGUCAGACAUCAACCCGCUGCAUCACUCUCUGUCCAUGCUGUUGGAGAAAAAUGGUAGCCUGCAGGCUGAUAAAAGGCUGCUGGAAGAAGAUGUCAAGCACUGGAAGGUCAAAGCACAGCAACUGAUGAGCCAACAAAAAGAUGGAAAUGUGGAGGAAAGACAGAAACUGACGGCCGAAAAAGAAGCCCAGCAGAGACGCAUCACGCAGCUCAUUGAAGAGAUCGCUAAACUGAAGGCUGAACUGGCAAGAUCUAAUGCCAGCACAAACUCAGCACAGUCUCAGCUUCAGAGCCUCAAAGAUUCUGUGGCUAAUCUAACGUCAGAGAAGGAAUCCCUAAAGAAAGAUGUGGAAACGAAGAACACUGAAAUGUUGGAGAAGAACAAGACCAUCACCCAGGUCAAGAAGAUCGGACGGCGCUACAAGACCCAGUACGAGGAGCUGAAGUCCCAGCAUGACAAGUUGGUGGCAGAAACUGCCACUAAAGCAGGAAGUGAAGCAGCUCCAAACCAAGACCUCACACAGCAGCUAAGUAAAGCUCAGGAGGAGCUGGUGAAGUCCAAAGAGGAGGUGAAAGCUCUGAAGGAAGAGAUGCAGAAAAAACAGCAGGAGACCCAGAAGGCUCAGCAUGAUUUUGAAGAGGCCCAAAAGGAGACUCAGAAGUCGAAGGAAUUGCACCAGAAUGUCCAAAACCAGCUGACACAGAAUCAGAGCCAUUUGACACAAAUUCAGACUCAGUUGUCUCAGACCCAGGCUCAGCUGCAGCAGAAUCAGAACCAGCUGACCCAGUGUCAGAAAGACCUCCAACAAACCAAGACCCAGGCUCAGCAGGCUCAAAACCAGAUGAAAUCAGCCCAGUCUCAAGCCCAGGCCCGCCAGAACCACAUUCAGCAGCUGCAGAGGGAGCUUCAGCAGACAAAGGAAACUCUCCAGCAGAAUCUGACCAGUCAGAAAGAACUCCAGCAAACUCACCAAAACAAUCAAAACAGUCAUAACCAGGAAGUUGGCAAUCUUAAGACUACUCUGAGCCAAGCAGAGGCCAAGGUGACUGAACUCCAGGGACAACUGGACAGUCUACAGAAGACUGUUGGUGAGCGGGAAGCAGACGUCCAGCGUCUGCAGAAGCAGCUGACUGAGGCCAGUCAAGCCCCACAGACCAAGAGUUCCCAGUCUGCAGACGCUAACGCUGCAGGUGACACUAACCAGGCAGUACAAGAGGAGGUGGCUAAACUCCAAAAAGAGCUAAAUGAGUCCAAGAACAGAGAGGAGCAGCUCAAACAGCAAAUGGCUGAAAAAGAGGAAAAAACCCUGAAAGUUAUUAUGCGUGCCAAGACAAAAAUCAACCAACUCAUCACUGCCAAAGAACAGCUGGCUAAAGAAAUCGAAGAACUGAAGCAGAACAAGGAGGAGCUGGAGGUUCGAAUGAACGCCCUCAAGUCUCAAUACGAGGGUCGACUUCUUCGUCUGGACAGGGAGCUGAGGGAGGCACAGGCCCACUCUGACACCAAGGAUGAGCCACUGGACCAGAGCGGAGCCAAGGCUGCUGAUUCCUCCAGAUCAGCUGAGCAGAGACAGGUAUCAUUGAAAAGUCCAGCCCAGGACAGAGGAGGCUCCAGUCUCUCUGAGCCCCCUACUGCAAACAUCCGUCCAACACCAAGUACCCCAUCACCCAACAACAAACCCAGUCCCUCUCCUGGUAACAAGUCCACGCCCCGUGCCAGCAUCAGGCCUAUGGUGACUCCAGCGAGUGUUCCUACGCCAACACCUACCGCUACUGUCAUGCCAACCACCCAGACUGACAGCCAGGAGGUUCUGAUCAGUGCAGGAACCGCCGUUCACUCCACUAGCUCCGGCCUGGUGAUGGCGUCCACCUCUAUGACUCAGCCAACCAGCACUCAAGCCACAGCAUUUGUCCAGCCCACUCAGCAGCAGACGACCAGUCAGGAAGCAGCGUCCAGCAUGGAGGUGGAGCGGCCGUCCACGUCCUCCUCACUGAUUGGAGCAGGGUCAAAGAGAGUCAGAGAGGAUGAGGAUGAAGACGACGAAGAGGAGAGCAGACCAGAGAGUUCUCACACAACACCAACCACAAAAAAACUACGACUAAAAGCAAUGAUGGCUCUGCAGGUGGAGUUCAGGGAUGAGGUGGAGGAGCAGGACUCACAGGAUGGCACUCAGGAGCUGCCAGAGGAGAGUUUCCCUGUCUUAGCUGAGGAGGAUGAAGACAUGGGUGAGGAAGGGGUGUCUCAGUCCGUCCCCUCUUUCCAGAUGUCUGAUGCUCCGUCUUUAACCCGAGACGUCAUUGUGCUCGACACGGACAGCGAGAGCCGUGAGAGCAAAGAGGGAGAGGAGAUAAUGAAGCAGGAUAAUGAAGGCGAAGACCAGGAAGAGGAGGAAGAGGAAGCAGAGGAGGAGGAAGAAGAGGAUGACGAAGAUGAGGACGAUGCUGGUGACGGUGGUUUGAUGGGAGGAGAUGAGAGUAAUGAUAAGAGCGGAGACGCUGAGGAGCAUGGAGUGGAGGCUCCGUCAGAGAGUACCACCACGGAGGAGGAUGUAGGUAGAGUGUCUUCAGACUCCCAUCAUGUUUCUGAACCACCACAGAGCAGUGAAAGCAGCAGUAGCAUCAUCUUAGAGUCUGACACCACCAGAGAGACUGUUCACCUCCCUCCAGCCUCCUCGUCCUCUUCUGUUCCCUCACCCUCCUCUUCUCUCACACCCCACUUGCCCCAACCCCGCAGGCCGCUGCAGUCACUCCCUCCGAGGCUGUACAUCCAACCUCCAGCACCAGAGCUUGGACCACCACACACACAGAGACAGUCCUCUCAGCUGCGCAGACCCUCAGUGGGGCGUGGACUUCAACUAACCCCUGGAAUAGCUAAUAUGCAACAUUUCUUUGAUGAUGAUGACAGGAUGGUUCCUAGUACUCCUACUCUGGUGGUGCCACACCGCACUGAUGGCUUUGCUGAGGCCAUACAUUCUCCUCAGGUAGCAGGUCUGUCCACAAGGUUCAGAUUUGGUCCUCCUGAAGACCUGCUGUCUCAGACCUCAGGGUCUCACUCUGACCUGGGGCAGUUGGCCUCUCAAGGAGGUUUGGGGAUGUACGAGUCUCCGCUGUUCCUGGCUGCUCACGAUGAAGAUGGAGGAGGACGGAGUGUACCAACCACACCUUUACAAGUAGCUGCACCAGUGACGGUUUUCACCGAGUCCCUUCCUUCAGAUACUGGUGAUAACAUGGCCUCCCAGUCUGUUCCCAUGGUAACGGCCUCCACUAGCAUGUCUGCUGCUGUGGACGAUGGAGACGAGGUCUUUGUGGAACAGGAAGCAGAGGGGUCUGGUAUUGAAUCGUCUUUGGAGAGCCAGACAGAAGCAGAGUUGACGGGUCAACAGAGUGAUGAUGCUUCACUGCCUUCUACAAGUACAGACCCUGACACAAGUAGUGUCAUGCUGCGACGCACUGUAAACACACAACCUCAGAUCAGCAGAGGUGCCAGAGGAGGGAGGGACAUCAGGAUAACAACCAGCCGCAGAGGGCCGUUUUCACGCGGAGGAAGAGGAGGAGCCAUGGGCAGGGGAGGCAUGUCCUGAUGAUGACACCAGUCUUUCUUCACAUCCAAUUAGAAAAUAAAAACCCAAACUCUUUCUCUACAUCACGUAGUCAUGCACUCUGGUAGUAAAUCAGCUGUCUAGACAUUCUACAGAAUCAGUGAUUUUAGGAAAUGACAUCCCGUGUGUGUGUGUGAACUCUGCCACAUUUUAUUGUUGCUGGUUUCAAAAUUAGUUUUGUAAUUUCAGCUGUCUAUUCAUGCAUCUUGAAUGCGUCGUUCAUGCAUCUUAGUUUUUUCUGUCGUGUUUUUCUACCUAAGCUGUUAAACGCAUUUAAAAAUAAAGUUUAUUAAUAAUAAACAACCA